AUGUCGUCCUGGCGCGUUCUGGAGCUGUCCGAGCAGCCGGACGGCGAGCCCAUCCCCCAGCUGCUCGUCAAGUCAGCCUUCAACGCCGACUCUUACACCAUCUUUCUCACGUGCUUGACCAACAUCUGGAGUGAGCACGUCGACCUGUCCGGCAUUGUGGGUCGCGCUGCCGAGCAACAAUCACCCAUCGAAGUCAGCAAACAGGACACUGCGCAGCUAGCCAUCCUCCUUGGAAAUGUCGACAAGUCUCUUGGAUGCUCUGAAGACGCCGAAUGUCGUCUCACGCGUGAAGGAUUAGAUGGAAUUACGUUGCACACCACUAUUCGCCUGCCUGAACCACUGGAUUCCUUGACCUGGAAGUUCCACCUGCAGAAGCGCACUGCCGUAACACUCAAGAACGAGCUGAUCCUGCCAUUGCUUGUUUCAUCACACAUUCAGUAUGAACGCAUCAACGACCUGAUCACAACAAUCGAGAACAAGGACAGGGCCAUUACCCGCAUGGUCGAUCAGUUCGAAUCCAGCAACUUGGAUCUUGCUGCAGCUUUCCCAAGCAUAGGAGGCUUGAAAACAGGUCGCAAAUUGAUCAAACGCGAGCAAGCAGCGAGGCAUCUACCCGCACUCAGGCCUUUUCAGCAGCAUGUUUGGAGAGAGGAAACAGCACAAUUUGCAGACUCGGAUGUCACCACACUAGGCUUGUUCCAGGAGGCGCUUGUCCAGUGCACACUGAAUGUGCCCACAAGUCUCCAUGCAAGCGAGGGUGCAGCAGACUGGCUGGCUGAUGUACCCACUCGGCUGACCUUCGCUGAAGCCGCGGUCAAGAUCAAGGUUAGGGAACUCGCGCCAGUCUUCCAAGGGCCGCCGAGGCACGGUCACGAGUCGAGUCCUAUAGCUGAUGACACUGAGGACGACUUUGAGGUGCAUGAGAACUUCAAGACACGCAACGUACCCAAGAAGAUCGCAAAGAGGCUGGAGCCUACACCGCCAUCAGCCCAGCAUGGCAACGCAGUGGACGACGACGAAUCGACCGAGGACGACGAUGAUCUUGAUGCGCCAUCAAAAAUCCAAAGUCAGACUCAAAUUCAGACCCUCGGCCGCACGGCACGACAGACGCGGCAACGCACCAAGUCGCCUUCUCCACAGCCGCCAGCAGAGCCAGCAACACCUCCUCCACCAGCCAGUCGGCCCAAGGCUAAAGGCUUUCGCAUAGGAGGUAGAGCCAAGAAGACUACUCCAGACACAUUGCAGGAUAAAGAGACCAACCCAGAGGCCCCAGCUCGAGCAUCGAUGCCGCCACUGUCGCAAGUCGAGUCAACCGAAACAUUUCUCAAGAAACCUCGGAGGGCAUUCAAAAUUGGAGGCAAGAACAAAGCCAGUCAUGAGCCUGGUUCAUCGCAGCAUGAGGUUACCGUAUCACCGACAAUGAACCGUUCCAAAGAUGCUCAGUCACCGGCGUCGAGGUCAUCACCACCGCAGAUGCCUGAAGCGAUGCCGAAAGAAGGAACCAAUGUUGAGAAAUUGCAUGAACAGACCCCUGAGGAGAAGAUCAAGCGAAAGAGAGCUGAGCUUAAACCGUGUCAACACGGCGAAUUAACGCUCAUCACCUACUGCGACAAGGCAAAGGCACUGGGCCUAGCCAACACGAAUAGUCCUUCGGGGUAUAGUAUCGAAAUUGCGUGUGAACAAAGCCUUACUUCAUUGUCAAUACCCCCUGCAAGCAAUCAUAGCGCUCCACAUUCGCAUAGUCAGCACCACCACCACCACAACAACAACAACAACAACAACAACAACAACAACAACAUCAUGGCAACAUUAUCACCUUCCAAGCCUCGCACGUUGCCCGGCUACGGUCCCACGCCGGUUCAACAGGAACGCUCAUCACCCCAGCGCGCUGCAUUCGUCCCCCGUUCCGCGCUUCCAGAACCUGGAUCCCAAAGCCCUUCGCCGACGUCGCCGUCGUCCACAUCCCUGUUGGCGGCGCAAGCCAUUCAAGCCUUCAAUAGCGAUGGCGUACAUGACGGCGCUUUCUUGCUAUCCACAGAAGAUCUUGGCCAAGAUUUUAGACACGAUGCUGUCUCUGAGAUCAAUGUUUCGGCCCGCAAUGGUCGUGGCUCUGACGAAGAGACCGUGCAAGGUUCAUCUGAGGCCAGUGUUGACAUCAUCACGGAGCGUGACACGAUCGCAUAUAGCGACGUGCGAUCGGCCAGUCCUCGCAAGCCACUCCCUGCGCAAUGGCUGCCCUCAUCCAACUCGCCCACUCUGACGACAACUCAAAGAAUGAGAGUCCACGGGGACACGAUGGCUUCUUCAAGCGGAUCACCCAUCGACCGCAGAGCUAUUCGAAUAACGCGUAGCUCGAUCGAUUUCGGGAAAGCCCACGCAGACACAACUUCGUUCCUCACCAAAGAGGCACUGGAUGCUGUCGAUGCCAAUAUUACAUCGCCAACACUCCGGCGGAGUCCAAGCAAGAUUCAACGUUCGCCGACCAAAGUCCCUUGGAACAGUCCAGCUGUGUCCCCGAAAGUCGGAACCUUGCGCCACAGCGGUGCAUCACCCACGAAGCCAUCUCCACCUCGGGUCACACACCUCGGUGCCCAUGUAACAGUUGAUCAUAGGCGCGCUCCCAGUAGCAUCAUCUCUACCGGAGCGACGUCAUUCCACACUGCGCAUGGCUCGCCGGUAAGAAGCUCUGCUUGCUCCCAGAGCAGCUUCUCAUCAGCUGAAGACCUCGACGACAGCGUCUCUUUCCACUAUGCUGACUAUGUGGCUGACCUCGAUGUGGAACAGGUCAAUGAUCUGAACAGCAGAGGAACGACCGCUUCAACGGCAGCUGCUAAAGCUUCGCUUCGAUCCCGGACUUCAAGGCCAGAACUCUCGAUCCGCAUACCACCCUCAGACGCCUCUGUUGACGCUGAACAAAGGUCAGCCUCUACUAUCGCCUCCGCCACGAGUAGCACGGCAGUGAGCAUUGAGGAAGUAGAAAAUUCGGGAAUUGGACUUCUUGAGAAUCAUCACGGUACUGCGACGCAGUCACGCAUUCCUCGCAUGUCCAUCAGCAAAGGAAGCAGCGCUCGUGCCCCUACACUCAGCUCUACACUUAAGCAAACGAAGUCUACACAGACACUACGAUCGCCGAAGGCCAUUAAAGGCAAGCCAGAGCCGAAGAGCACGACUUAUUCAAAGACAACUAGAACGAAAUCACAGCAUCAUGUUCGCACCAUUGACAGCACGGGAUCCACACCAAUUUUGUCUAACCACAAGAGUCGUGACUUCGGCCUACCCGCAAGCGUCGCUUGUGUAGCCAAAACAAACACAGAGCGCGCGACACGCGCACGAGAUGUCGACUUGCUCACUUCGUAUCUGCAAGACACUGCACUUCAGGCAGCUGAACCGGCUGAAAGCCUGCCGGGCACAAAUACGACAUCCCGAGCGACCAGUAGCUCUACCGUCAAAGCUUCACGGGUCACUGAGGAUCCGGUGAUAUCCAGCUCCGCAGAUGUGCAGACUCGCAAGCGCCCAGACUCUUUGGUAGGCAAUAUUCACUCGAGUGACGCAGACGAUGAGUAUGACGACUUCUCGAUAAUUGCGCCAGUCCGUGGUAGAAGCGCGCAGUACCAUCCAGUCACCCGACGCACAACCAUUAGUGAGGUUUCGAUGCAAUCGAGCUCUGCUUCGGACCUACGCGCCACCGCGACUGAGUUUGUUCCUACUCUGAAGGACACCUUCGAAAAUACUAAUGUGGACCCAAUAGACGUCUCGGACCCUCAGCAGCCUCCUAGUUUACCCGAUAUGUACGCUCUCGACGGUUACGGGAUUCCGUGGUUCUAUCACAUGUACCCAGUACCAUGGAUGUUCCCACCGAUGUAUGGCAAGGGCCGCUCAAAAUCGCCGAAGAAGUUUCGGCCAACGAAGCAGCGCCCGACCAUGACUGCUCCUAUGGCGGACCAGAAAGAGAGGCUGGAAGCGUUCAACUCCGCGCAGACGGAGAAUGCGGCCAGCAUCACGAACUCAACCACCUCCGCGCCGGAUACUCCGAGAGGAAGCGACGCUGCGCCGUAUCGCCAAAUCUUGGCUGCUGCGCCCGACAACAUACCUGUAACUUGUACCACGCCCCAUGUGAAGGCCUCCGACGGCUCGUUCUCGAUCCAGCUCGACAUGAUUGCGCACCAGACCGCUCUACAUCCCAAGAUGAAUAUUACGCAUCCACCAGUCGAUCUUACUUCCAUCCGUAACGUUCCUGCUCAGGUCGACUACCUCCAGGGUCAUGCGCAAGGUUAUAGCACACUCCCUUCUAGACGUCGGAACCAACGUCAGGUCGGUAAUGGACUGUAUGGUGGUCGUGGCAAUGUUGGUAUGCCUAUCUAUGCAACCGCUCCUUUCCCUACGCCUGUUCCGCCAAUGGGACGCCCCGUCCAGAACUCUGGAGGCAGUCAUGAUCCUUAUGCCGGGUACACGGUUGGCACCCAGGGAUGCGGUACGGUCGAGAUCGAGAAAGCAGCCGAGUACGGCGGUGGUCAGCCCUGCAACACUUGUGAGCCAGAUCACUGA